GUAGUUCAAUCCUCGACUUCCGUGUUCUUUCACUACUACCAUCAGCCGAGCAGAAUGUCUCAUCAAACCGGCAUCCAAGCUACCGGGGAAGUGAAAGAAAUCUUUGCAAAGGCCCGGAACGGAGAAUAUCGGCUGAUCAAAGUAGUGAUUGACAAUGAAAAGCUGGUUCUUGGCGGAAGCAAGCGGGCUGCCAAGAAGUGGGAUCAGGAAUGGGACAGCUAUGUUCUCCCUCUCGUAGAAGAUGACAUGCCCUCGUAUCUUCUCUAUAGACUGGACACCACCAAUAACCAGGGAUAUGAGUGGAUCUUUUUGGCCUGGUCUCCAGACCACUCUCCGGUCAGACAAAAAAUGUUAUACGCUGCCACGAGGGCAACGCUGAAGAAAGAGUUUGGCGGUGGCCACAUUAAAGAGGAGAUUUUUGGCACAGUGAAGGAUGAUGUGUCUCUGAACGGCUAUAAAAAGUACCUCACCUCUCAGGCGGCGCCUUUGCCUCUGACGGCUGCAGAAGAGGAACUGAGGCAAAUUAAACUCAAUGAGAUGCAGACAGACAUCCAUGUUGACACAAAGCAGCAGACACUUCAAGGUGUGGCGUUCCCGAUGCAGAGGGAAGCUAUUCAAGCCCUGGAGCAGUUCAGGGAGAAAAGACUCAACUAUGUGCAACUGGAAAUAGAUUUUCCUAAAGAAUCCAUCAAGCUGUCUGGCACGACCCCUACGGAACUGAGAGAUCUGCCUAAAAGGAUUCCCAAAGACGCAGCUAGAUAUCACUUCUUCCUCUACAAGCACUCUCAUGAAGGAGAUUACCUUGAGUCCACAGUGUUCAUCUACUCUAUGCCUGGUUAUAAAUGCAGCAUCAAAGAAAGAAUGCUGUAUUCAAGCUGCAAGAACCCUCUCAUAGACACAGUGGAGAGAAACCUGGGCAUUGAAAUUGCGAAAAAGCUUGAGAUUGACAAUGGCGAUGAACUCACUAGUGACUUUCUAUACGAAGAGGUUCACCCCAAGCAGCAUGCGCACAAGCAAGCUUUUGCCAAACCCAAAGGCCCAAGCGGAAAGAGAGGGGUUCGCAGAAUCACACGGGCACCAGGCGAGGGCCCCGAUGACGAUUAAACCUCCUCCACCACUUAUUCCAGGAUCGACAGUGGUACUUAGUCCUUAAAUCCAAUUCCCAGUUUACCUUGAGUCACAUAAACAACAGCCCUGUAGACUGAUCUAUGCACAAGAUACAACACUAACCUGUGAAUUUACAUUUUGUAGCCCGCAAUACAACAUGCUACGAUGAGGAAAGCAGGUUGCGGUACAGAGAAUGUAUUUACAAACGCCACCUGUGACGUUCCUUGUUGUAGUUUUAACACUAUUACAAUGUUUAUUUGCAUAUUAUAGACUGACUUGUUUAUUUAGCCCAUAUUAUAUAGAUAGAUAGAGAGUGCAAUAUUGUUGAAAAUAACUAUGUUUGGUAGCGCUCGUAUAUUGAGUAUCGUUUUAAUGAUGAAAACGUACUGCGGUAUGAUUUCCUAUAAAAAUAUGUAGCCUAGCACUUCCAGUGAUGUCCAGUAAAACUAAAUUUUUGCUGAGGACGUUAAUGUUUUAUGGGAAAUUGGCCAUUUAGUCCAAGAUUUAUGUUUGGGAAACAAGCCUGGAAAGUUAAACUCUAGUCUCUGAUCUGAGAGGUUAGUUAUGUUUUAUAAGUCACUAUAAGCAUUAUUAA